AUGAUAGAACCAGGACAAGAUGAGAUUUCACUUCCUAAAGCGACAGUACAGAAAAUUCUUGGAGAAAUCCUACCGCGAGAAUACGGCUUCACAAAAGAUGCCAGAGAAGCACUAAUAGAAUGCUGCAUCGAGUUCCUAAUGAUUGUUUCCACAGAAUCCAACGAUAUUGCCGACAAAGAAUUAAAAAAGACGAUAUCCACUGAACAUGUGCUGCAUGCUCUAGAAAAUUUAGGAUUUGGAGAAUAUGUGCCUACCUUAAAUGAGUUCAUCGAUCAGUUUAAGAUCAACAAUAAAAUUAAGGAGAGAAGAAUCGGCAACAAGUUCCAAAAUAGUGGAAUGACUGAAGAAGAGUUGCUCAAGAAGCAAGAGGAAUUGUUUAAGGCAAGUCGGGAUAAACUUCGACAGCAAAAUAACUAG